UGACGCCUCUUUUCUCCUAUUUCAUUUCUUUAUAAAUUCAUUCUAUUUUAUAUUCAUUUUUCUUUUUUCUUUCUUUCUUUUUUUUUUCUUUCCAUCAAAUUAUGCAAACAUCAUCAUCCGAAUAUUCAUUAAAAUCUAAAUGGAAUCAACUUGUAAACAAACGAACCGAUUCAUCAUAUACUUGUAAGGAUCAUCGACGACCUUCUCAUUGUAGUGAUCAAUCUGUAUGCUCAAGUACAUCGACUAGUACGUUAGACAAACUUUUAUUGGGAAUUCCUGGAUUAUUUCGACGACGAUGUUCCAAUGCAUCCUCUUCAGAUCAUCUAGAUGAAGAAAAAGAAUCAGAAAAAUUGGAUGAAUUAUAUCAGAGUGCCUUGGAUGAAAUCUCUUAUGCUGAGGAUUCCCAAGGUUCUCGUUAUUACCCUGGUGAUGUCGCGUCUGCAAAAGAAGCCAUGGAUAUCUGCACCAAUGCAUUUAUAGAACUAUUACAACAAGCUCCUGAUCGUCAAACCCAUGAUCAUCUUUAUGCCGCUAUUGCUCCAAGAUUAUGGUCCUUAAGAUCAAGGUUCGAUGCUUUACCUACAAUCAUCAUUGAUUGAUUUCCAACUGUCUUUCUUUAUUCUUUCUUUACUCUUACUCCCCCCCCCCCUUUCUCCUUUCUCCUUCUUUUACUUUGAAACCUCCUCGGGAUUUCAUUCUAUUCUUAACUCAAAAAAAAAAAAAAAAAUCAAACUUGUUUUGUUGUUUGAUUGAUAACAUUUUAGUCUUACAUAUUCUUUCUCUCUAUCUUGAUGAUGAAGAAGAUGAUGAUCUACCUCCAUUUUUAUUCUAGUUCCUCCUACUCACCCUUUUUUCUCCUGAUUUUCUGUAUUAAUAAAAAAAAAAAAAGAAAGAA